GAUUAAAAACCAGACCUGCGCCGCUUACUCUAUCUCUCUUUCUCACAGAUUCAUUCGCAACGCAUCUUUGUUUUACUCUUUACGCCAAUCUCGCUUCCACAUCCCUUUUUGCAAUCAUGGCUGACGAGAUCAAUGAGAUGAAGGAAGAGCAAGAACAGCUCGCACCUUUUGAUCCAACCAAGAAGAAGAAGAAGAAGAAAGUUGUGCUUCAGGAUCCUGUCUUGGACGCAGGAGAGUCCUCACAGACUGAGAAAUCUGAUUCAUUGCCUGCUAAUGAUGGUCUUGAGAGUUCAUUUGCUGGAAUGAAGAAAAAGAAGAAGAAGCCAGUUGAAUCAAGCUUAUUGAAUGAUGAAGUUGUUGAUGCUGGAGAAGAUUUGGAUGAGCUUGUUAAUGAGGAGGAAGAGGGGGAUGAAGGAAUAGUUAUUCAACAGCAACGUUACCCCUGGGAGGGAAGUGAUAGAGAUUACAAAUAUGACGAGCUUCUUGGUAGAGUUUUUAACAUUCUCCGUGAAAAUAAUCCGGAGCUUGCUGGAGAUAGGCGUCGUACAGUUAUGAGGCCUCCUCAAGUUCUUCGUGAAGGGACAAAGAAGACAGUGUUUGUCAACUUUAUGGACCUUUGCAAGACGAUGCAUCGUCAACCAGAUCAUGUCAUGACUUUCUUACUUGCUGAGUUGGGUACUAGUGGCUCGCUUGAUGGGCAGCAAAGGUUGGUUGUUAAGGGAAGGUUUGCACCUAAAAAUUUUGAAGGGAUUUUGCGGCGAUAUAUCACUGAGUACGUCAUAUGCCUUGGUUGCAAGAGCCCAGACACAAUUCUUACAAAGGAGAAUCGUCUCUUCUUUUUGAGAUGCGAAAAGUGUGGAUCUCAACGAUCUGUAGCUCAGAUCAAGCAAGGGUUUGUUGCCCGUGUUGGUCGCAGAAAGACUUAAGAAAUUGGAAGGUGAAGCGGGCUUGUUAUGGAGUUGGUCCUAUUCUUCUCUUCUAGUGCUUCUGUAGCUUGCUAUGGAGUAAAAUACUUGUUUUGUUUUUGUUGUUUUGGAAUAUGUUGAAGAAUCACCAGAUAAUGACUUCACCUCAAAUAUGGGUAGGAUCAAAACCUUUUACUCUGUUAGGUUCAUGUGGUUAACUUGAGAAGGUCGACUUAAUCUAUGGACCCUUUUUUGUGUCAAAGUUCUUGUCCUUGCAAAGCUUAUUUUUUUCAUCUUCA